GGCAGACAUUUUUAUCCCAAUUUCUUUGCUCUCCGAUCAAACGAAUCCCCCUUCUCUCAAUUUCCCGGGCUCCCUCAAAGAUCGCCGGAGGAGCACUGAACGCUCCGUCUCCACCGUCUCGUCGUCAAUGGAUAGAAGCUCCAUUCUCCACCGCAUCCUACUUCUGUUCCUGAUCUCCGCCUGCGUGGCGGAGAUAAAAGAACUAAAGAUCUCCAGAGACUCCCGCCCCGUGAUCCUCUUUGAGAAAUUUGGCUUCACUAUGCGCGGAUUCGUUGAUAUUGCUGUCUCCGACGUCUCUGUCUCCUCGUCGCUGUCGUCCCCUGAUCCCUCGCUCCUCGGCUUCUUCCUCCUAUCUGAUGAGAAGCUCAUUCAGGCCAUCUACGGAUCCCAGCAAGAAAUUCCCAGUUCGAACCCUAACCCUGAUGGAGAUGCCUCAUGCGUUCUCUCCAGCCCCUUCGUCAACCCGCUCUUCACCUUCCGUGAUCUCUCGCAAUCGCUGCCCAGUUUUUACAACCACUCAUUUCCGAUCACACACCCUGACGAGUACGGUCUUUACUUUGCCAACUGCGCCGCUGAGAGUCAGGUUAGCAUGUCCGUCCACACCAAGAUGUAUAAUGUUAACGCUGAUGGUUUCCGUGACUAUCUCUCUGUGGGUUUGGCUUCGGUCCCCUCGAUCUACUUCUUCUUCGCUUUCGUCUACGCCGUCUUCCUUGCCGUGUGGAUCUACUUUUCUCUCUGGAAGAAUCGCCUGUCCGCCCAUCGGAUCCAUCAGAUCAUGUCAGGUCUCCUUCUAGCCAAAGCUCUUAACCUCAUCUGUGCCGCUGAGGACCAGCACUACAUCCGGGUCACAGGCACGCCCCAUGGCUGGGACGUCUUAUUCUACCUUUUCCAGUUUGUAAAGGGCAUUCUCCUCUUUACCGUCAUAAUCCUCAUAGGGACCGGCUGGUCUUUCCUCAAACCAUUCCUCCAGGAGCGAGAGAAGAAGGUUCUCAUGAUUGUGAUCCCCCUCCAGGUUAUCGCUAACAUUUCGUCUGUUGUGAUCGGGGAAACUGGACCAUUUAUCCAGGACUGGGUUACCUGGAACCAGGUCUUCCUCUUCAUUGAUAUCAUCUGCUGCUGUGCAAUUAUGUUCCCUAUAGUGUGGUCAAUCCGAACACUGAGGGAGACCUCGAAAACUGAUGGAAAGGCUGCGAGAACUCUAGCCAAGCUUACACUUUUUAGGCAGUUCUACAUUGUAUUGAUCGGGUACUUGUAUUUCACUAGGAUUGUGGUAUACGCGCUUAAGACAAUUGCUGCCUACCAAUACCGGUGGGUGAGCGUGGCCGCUGAGGAGGCUGCCAGCUUUGCAUUCUACACCUUCAUUUUCUAUACGUUUAGGCCAGUUGAGAGGAACCAGUACUUUGUUCUUGAUGACGAGGAGGAAGAGGCAGCAGAGGUGGCUCUCAGGGAGGUGGAUUUUGAGCUCUGAAAUUUUCGAAGUAAAAAAAAAAAAUGUUUUCUUUGACGUCGGGUUUGCUACCUUCCACCUUUAAUCUGUAAUACUUUUAUGAUCAUUGUCCUGUCACCUAAAAAUUUUGUUAUUUUGUUUGCCUAUUGGUAUAUGGAAACUUGAAAACAAGCCAAAUACCUGUCCUUAGGUAAGCUAAACGCUGGUUUUGUUU